AUGACGAAAGGCUUCAUCACUUCGCCUGCUUCGUCGGCGCCGUCCAAGCCAAAGGGCAAAGAAGGGCGCGAAUUUCGCGAUGUCCGCCGAGCGCAGGAAGCCGCCGCCGCCGCUGCUGCUGCCGCCGCCGAGGCCGACAAGGGCAAAGGCAAGGGCAAGGGCAAGCAGCCUGCAGGGACUGGCGGGGCGAGCGCAGCGGGGGCGUCUGGCAGCGGGGCGAGCGGAUCUCAGCCUCGUGGCGGUGGUGCGAGUGGAAGCAACGGUCCAGCCAACGCCGCCGCAGCAGCAGGUGCAGCAGGUGCAGCAGGUGCAGGAAUGCCAGCGUAUGUCAUUCGGAACUGGACUGGAAAGACGCCCGCGACGCUGCUGAGCGAGUUUUGUCAAAAGCACCAGCUGGGCAAGCCGCAAUGGAACUCGCACCAAAAAGGCGGCAAGCACCGCGUUUCGAUUAUUCUGACCAAGGAGGACAAAAAGACACGACAGCCGCUCACGCUCAAUAUCGAUCCACCAGAGCUGUAUGAGCAUCCGAUGGAAGCCAAACACAUGGCCGCCGUCUGCGCCAUGCAUCGCCUGAAUUCACACCUCAAUCUAUCCCACAUCCUGCCGCCUGACUUUCGGGAUUAUUGGGCCGCGUUGGACGUGCUCAAAAAGAAUGACACGGAGGGCAUCUGGCCAGCGGCUGGCGGGGACCCGUUCCAGCCAGUCACCAAAGCCGACGUGGAGCGUGCACAGCAAAAGCAAGCUGCCUCGGAGCAGCGGCAGGCCGAGCUCAAGCAACGAGAGGAGGACGCGCAACUGGCCGUCAUUCACCUGAGCGAAGCACAGCGCACAGUCAUCGAGGCGCUUGUCAAAGAAGCGCAGCAAGAAACCGCCAAGCAGCAGGCGGCUGCUUCAAGUGAAGCUGAGGAUGCUGAUGAGCCUAGCCCUUCUACCUCCACCAGCAAUAAAACGUCCACCGCAGUUUACCGAGAUCUGCUCGCGCUCGGAUUUCAUGCUCGCCAUAUUGAUGAAGCACUCGGCGCACAGCCAAAAGCGACUGCCGCGGCCCAGGAGGCAGCGGCACUCAAGUCGGCAGCCCUGUCCUGGUUGUGCCUGCACGUUCCUGAACAAGACUUGCCUGUGCAGUUCCGACCGGACAGCAAGCAAUUGACAGCCUCCUUCCACGCCAACACAACGUCGCUGGCGCAGUCGUACAUGAUUCAACGCCUUCGCGAGGUCGGUUUUGGCCAGCAGCACGCAUCCAUGGCCCUUGAAGCUUGCGGAUAUGAUGAAGAUGCUGCUUUGCUUCGAUUGCUCCAUCUGCUCAAAGAGGAUCGUCUGACGGAUGCCGACGCCUUCUCCGCGACCGUGCCCGCCGGUCCACCAAGUGCUCGCUUCUCCGCCGAAGAGAUUGAUUCGGCCGCUGAGCAGGUGGCUGAGGAGAUUGCCGCUGUAGAAAGCAUCUACGGGGUCGUGGCUGCAAACGUCAAGAGCCACGCCGAAUGUUCCGCGGCGGACUGUUCGACCGACAGUGUCGUCCGAUCCAUGAUUCGGCCAACGGCCUCCUGCAUCAGCGUUUGCCUCGCAGUGCCCGAAUUCAAACCCCACCUGGUCGAACUCGAACUCAAGUUCCCUUCGUCCACCUGCCUGUAUCCGAAUGAAACGCCUAUUGUGGUCAUCCGGCAUCCAGCUUUGACUUCCACCACGCGGCUUGUGCUGCAGCGCGCAGCAUUUGAGUUUGCAGCCUCUCUGGCUCCUGCACCGCUGUUGUACUCGCUGAUUGAUUGGGUCCAAACGUCGGGCGUUGAGGUGGUUCAAAACCCACCACCGCUGUCAACGUCAGCCAUGCAAGAGGCGGCUGCUGCGGCUGCUGCUGCUUCUUCUUCUGCCAGCUCGUCGGAACCAGCCCCAGCCGACGCCGCUUCGGCGACGCCUGCCGCACGCACAGGAAAGGAUGGCAAGCAGCAACAGCGGCGCAGACCGACGCCUGCCUUCAAAAAGGUGUUUGACAAGCGAAGCAAGCUGCCGUCCCACAGCUACGUGAAAGAAAUCCUGUCUGCUCUGGCGGCCAACCAAGUUGUGGUGAUUAGUGGUGAAACAGGCUGCGGCAAGACGACCCAAGUCCCUCAGUUCAUUUUGGAUGCGCUGAUUGAUCAAAAUCAAGGGUCGACGUGCAGACUGUUGUGCACGCAGCCCAGGCGUAUCUCUGCACUGUCGGUGGCAGAGCGUGUGGCAGUGGAGCGAGCUGAAAAGAUUGGCGAGGGCGUCGGUUACUCGGUGCGACUGGAAGCCAAGUACUCUGCGUCGACACGCCUUUUGUUCAGCACAAUUGGUGUUUUGCUGCGGUUUUUGCAAGACGACCCGCUUCUGAAUGCGUUUUCGCACAUUGUGAUUGACGAAGUGCACGAACGCGGUGUCGAAAGCGACUUUGUCCUCAUCGCCUUGCGUGAGGUCUUGGCCAAGCGUCGAGACCUGCGCUUGGUGCUCAUGAGCGCAACGCUCGAUUCGAACACAUUUUCGAGCUACUUUGGGGGCGUGCCAGUCAUUUCCAUUCCUGGGUUUGCCUACCCCGUCGAAAUCCUGCACCUGGAAGACGUGGUGCAGCGCACCUCUUUCCGCAUUGAGACGAUUCGUCGUGGCGGUGCAAAGUCGGCGGGAUCUCGGCCUCGGCGUGGAGAAGAAGACGGCACGAGCAGCCUCGAAGCUUCGACCUCGAGCGACUUUGGUUCUAGCAGCAGCACCAGCAGCAGCUCGGCACCACCUCCAGCAGCAGACGCAGCAGAGGCCGUCGACCCGGAUGCCGCAUUCGGCAUCUCGAUGGCCAUCCACAGCCGCCAGGAGGACAUGCUCAAUGUCGACCUGAUUGCUGCGACUGUCAUGCACAUCUGCACGACCACCCCAGCCAAAGAGGAUGUGCUCAUCUUUGCCUCCGGCAUGCAAGAGAUCAAGCAAUGCGUGGAAGCAAUCAUGUAUGCUUUUGACGCGCUGCCGCGUGCCACCAAGGGCAACCAGCAGCUUCUCGUUCUUCCGUUGCACUCGACGCUUUCGGUGCCCGAGCAAAAGCGCGUCUUUGACGCCACUGGGGCAACCACGCGCAAGGUUGUUGUGUCGACCAACGUUGCAGAAACAAGUGUCACCGUCGAUGGCAUUGUUCAUGUCAUUGACACUGGCCGCGUCAAGGAGACGCGCUAUGACGCCCAGCGUGGCAUGUCGAGCCUUGAAGAUACGUGGAUUAGCAAGGCAAACGCUCGCCAGCGCAAAGGUCGUGCGGGUCGCACCCAAGCGGGAAUUUGCUAUCGUCUGUUUACCUCCAAGCGCAGCGAGCUGAUGGCUGAUCACCAGGCACCCGAGAUUCUGCGCGUUCCGCUCGAGCAGCUGUGUCUGCAGGUGAAAGCCAUGGGCACUGCGGACGUGGUGCAGUUCCUCGGAAAAGCACUCACCCCUCCGGACACGAAGGCUGUCACGCACGCCAUCGACGCGCUGGUGGACAUUGGGGCGCUGCAUCGCGACACCAAGGCUCUGACGCCGCUGGGCGUGCACCUUGCGAGCAUCCCCGUCGACGCACGCAUUGCCAAAGUGCUCAUUUUUGGCGCCAUCUUCCACUGCCUCGACCCGAUUCUCACGGUCGCUGCGUGCAUGGGCUUCCGCUCGCCCUUUAUUACGUCGGUGGACAAGCGCGCUCAAGCCGACGAAGUCAAAAAGCGCUUUGCCAUUGGCAAGAGCGACUUGCUGGGCUACUCCAAGGCGUACGCCGAGUGGCAUAAUUGCGCUGGGGACGGCGCAGCGUCCAAGACCGGGGCGCGUCGCAAAUUUUGCGAGGACAACUUUCUUUCAAUGCAGUCGAUGCAGGGCAUCUCAGACCUGCGCAAGCAGUUCCUGGACAUUUUGGCGUCCAUCGGCUUUGUGCCCGCAGCCAUCAUGCACCACCACAAGCAGCAGGACGCACAGGCGGCCGAGGCGCACCGGCUUCUGAAUGCCAACUCGACCAACAUUAAGGUGCUCAAGGCUGUGCUUGCUGCCGGACUCUACCCGCAAGUGGCCAGUGUGGUUCCGCCCGAGCGGCAGUUUGUGCAAGUGCAGCAGGGCAUGGUGGUGAAGGAGGCCAAAGCAUCCGAGCUCAAGCUGUUGCUGAAGGGCGGCACGCAAGUGUUUGUGCAUCCGACUUCGGCGACCUUCUCGCUGCUCAAGAUGGACGAUCGAUUCGUCCUGUACAACGAGAAGAUGGCGACCUCGAAGGCAUAUCUGCGCGAUACGACGGUUGUGUCGGCCUACCCGCUGAUUCUCUUUGGCGGCAACAUUGCCAUUGAGCACGAACAGCACCAGCUGCUGUUGGAUGGUUGGAUUAAGAUCAAGGCACCGGCGCGCGUCGCCACGCUCGUCACUGCCAUCCGACAGCAAUUGGAUGCAGUGCUGUCUCGGAAGAUUGAGCAACCGCUGCUCAAUGUGUACGACAGUGCUGUCGUUCGGGCCAUCAUGAAGCUGGUUGAAUCUGAUGGUUACUAA